AUGUUAAGCUGACCUGUCUUUCGAAUUUGAAAUUUGACUCAGGAAAUUCGGAGUGAAAUUUAUUAGUAAUAUUACAAAGCAAAACACUAGAUUUAUUAACUGUCGUUAUUGUUAGUCUGUCGAAACUACUAAUAUUAGUAAUAACGUUAUUGGGCAGUUGCAAGGGGCGUAGUUUAUCAUCUUUAUAUAUUUAUAACUGCUUCACAGUAACAGUUAGAAAUUAGAGAUAUGCCCAAACGCAUAUAUUUCUUAUGGAUUCUAGAAGAUACCACAUGAAUAGGGAAGUCCUACGAGAUAUAACAGAUAUCUAUGGGCUUGCUCCAAGCCACUUGUGGUUAAGACGCCAAUGGCAUCUUAAGGAAAGAGAACGUAACAUUAUUGCUGCAGCCUUUAGUAUUGUCGUGAUAGCAGCACUAGCCACAGCACUGGCUCAGCCUCACUGGUUUUAUUUGAAAGGUGGAGAAUGUGAUGGGAAAUAUAUUGGUGUUCAGGAAUUUUUCUCAUCUCAUCAUACUGAAAUAUCACAUCAGGGUUACCCAAUUUCAAAACAAGGAACAUCUACCUUAUAUAGACCUAAUACAGGAUGUGUUACCUCUACUGUGAUUUGCCUUUUGAGAACAAACAUUGCCUUCACCUUCUUGGCUAUAUUAUUCAGUCUCGUACAGUUCUUCUUUGAUACUCUUGGUGUAGUAAACAAGUGGCUAAAGGCUUUUAGAAGAAAUGCUGUGGGAAGCAUUAUAACAGUUCUUUUUUGUGUCGCCAUAGUGGGUGUGUGCUACUAUUGCACUGUGCUUAUUGAGCAACAAGAAGAAAAAACAAAGACAGACAGAGAAUCAAAAAUAGAAGUAAAAUUUGAUAUUAGCUACUAUUUGAUUACUGGUGCAGGAGCCGUGGCAAUCCUUGCCUCAGCAGCUAAUUUACUUCGUCGUUAUCCAUUGUAUGAUGACCGUGGAGAUGGAGGAGGCCUGCUUGAUGACUAUGAUGGAUCAGAAACAUUCUCGGUUAGGGUUUCUCAUUCAGAACAAUGGCCUUACAGGAGGGAAUUACAUCAAACUGAAGGCCAUCCUCCACCACCACCCUAUACACCAUAGUCCCUUUUCAUGAUCCUUGCAAUUCUGUUAUUAUGCAAGAUAAGGAAACUCCAGUCAUGAAAAGUAUGAGGUGAAAGUUAACCAGUUAUCUAAAAACUACAGUGUUCUAGAAGGUAUACAACUGUGUACAGUAAUCAGGCAAUAUAAAGUAUGAAAUCAAAAAUGAUUUUUUUUAGCUUUUUGGUAUCCACUACUUGCUAACUUGGAGUAAUGACUUGUUGGUAUAGAAAGAUACAGAACAUGAACAGAUUAUAAUAUGUGUGUUGUAAAAUUAUGAACUAUUUGUUCCUAGCAAAUUCUAAUAUAGUUAUGGAAUUAGUUGGGUGAAGUAUUAUCUGCGUAAUCAAGAGUUAAUUGUUAAGAAGUUUGUUAUGCUUUGAUCUGUUUCAUCUAUAUUUGUGGCAUGCUCAUAACUUGAAUUUUUAUGUAAAAUUGUGAAUUAACUAAUAAAAUGAUAUGAUAUGUUAUGUGGGUUUAAUUUUAAAGUUAUAUUUGAAUGGAAUAUUUAAAUACAGUAGAGUGUUAUGUGUGAAUUUUAGCUUAUAUAACUAUAAUAAAAGUCGUAGUACUACUGUAUUAAAUUUUGUUGACUACAGUUUUUUCAUAUACUUAUUUGAAUAGAACAGGAAACUAAUGAUCUAACUGACUUUUUACUGAAGAAGAACAGAACAGAUAAAGAAUUUUACUGCAGUAGUAGGCUAGGAUUACUAAUGAAUUAAUGUAUCCUUUUGCUAAAAGGAUAAGACAUGAAGAAAUGUUUUAAUAUGACUUCUUUAUCAAUAGAAUAAUCAGGACAAGUAAUAAAUUAACGUGGUUUCUUUACUAAGAAAUUGGACAGGAAAAUAAUGAUUUAAUGUGCAGAAUAGAGAGUGAAUUAAUAUGUCAUUUUUAACAAAAUAAUAGAACAGGACAAGUAAUUAAGUGUGUCAACUUUACUAAAUCAAAACCAAAAGCCAUCAAUUAAUGUAUCUUAAAAAAUAAUAGAAUGGGAUAAGUAAUGAAUAAUGUGGCACUUUUUACUAAAUGAUAGAAAAGAUCAAAUCAAGCAUUAAUGCAACCAUUUUACUAAAAUAAUGGGAGAGGAUAGAAAAUAAUUGGUCUUUUAAAGAAUAGACCAUGUGAAAUGAUGAAAAGUGUAGUGUCUUUUAUAAUAUUAAAGGAAUGGAACAAGCCAAUUGGCCCGGCAUGGCCAGGUGGUUAGGGUGCUUGACUUGCAAUUUGUGGGUUGUGGGUUUGAAUCCCCAUU